AUGGAUGACGCCAUCUCAGGCAAUGCCUUUAAGCACUACAAUACCGAGGCACCAAAGGCAACUCAUAUCCUGCCUCUGUUCUCGUUAAAGGGCAAGACAGCAAUCAUCACUGGAGCAGGUGCAGGCAUUGGACUGGCGGUAGCUCGAGGGUUUGCAGAGGCUGGGGCCAAUGUGGCCAUUUGGUAUCACGGGAAUAAAAAAGCAAUUGAUCGAGCAGCAGAAAUUGAGAAGGAGUUUGGAGUCAAAGCUCGAGCAUAUCAAGUGGAUGUCAGAGACUCGAAAGCAGUUGAUGAAGCAAUUGUAUCUCAAGUCAAGGAAUUCAAUAAUCGCUUAGACAUCUUUGUGGCCAACGCUGGGAUUCCGUGGACACAAGGCCCGGCCAUUGCGGGCGAAGUUGAACACUACCAAAAUGUGGUAAGAACCGAUAUUGACGGGGUGUUUUAUGGUGCACGAACUGCGGGCAGAAUAUGGCGAGAACAGAAAAGGAGCAAGUUGGAGGGUUUCAACUAUGGGAAAUUCAUUGCCACCGCCUCAAUGAGUGGCCAUAUUGCCAAUAUUCCUCAACUUCAAGCCGCUUACAACGCUUCCAAGGCCGCCGUCAAACAUUUGACCCAGUCUCUCGCAAUCGAAUGGGUCCAGUUCGCGAGGGCCAACACCAUCAGUCCUGGAUACAUUGCCACUGAAAUCAGCAAUUUUGUCCCACCUGAGACAAAGGAUAUCUGGAGGGACAAGAUUCCCAUGGGUCGAGAGGGUGAGGUCAUCGAAUUGGUAGGGGCUUAUUUGUAUCUUGCGAGUGAUGCCAGUUCUUAUACCACAGGCACGGAUAUUGUCGUUGAUGGAGGAUACAUUGCACCCUAG